CAAUGAGAGCCUCAGUACAAUAAUGUCAUAGAAAUUGUUCAGAGACUAAGUACUCCGAUACGACAUUGUUUUGAUCAAAGUUUUUAAUCUGGAGUAGUCGUCAAAAACAUUAACCAUGUCUCUGACGUUUUUGUAUUCGCUGUUGAUAGUCAUGUAUGUGUUUUUUAACCAACACUUGACGACAUCGAUGGCACUGAAUAAAGAAAGCUACGAAGGCAAUAAUUUAAGUGCAGAAAACAUUAAAGAUCAUGUUUUAAGUGCAGAAUUCGAUGAAAGCAAUAUUUCAAAUGGAGAAAGCGAUAUCAGCAAUGUUUCAGCUGGAGAAAGCGAUCAGAGCAAUGAUGUUAGCACACGAAGCGGCGAAGAAAAUAUUGCGAGUGGAGAAAUCGAUGGAGGCAAUAUUUCAAGUAUAGAAAACGAUGCAAGCCAUAGUUCAGAAAAAGAUAAAAUUGUACAACCACGAACUCCGACAAAAUGGGUAUUGGGUAAAGACAGCAUUUAUCACGAGUGUCCAACAAACGAGAGCUUGGUUGAUGCCGAAGAUAUAAUGACAUUCAUUGACUACAUUUACGAUAGGCAAUCUUAUAAAGAACAGAUAAUGUCAAACUACACGGAGCACGCACAAGAAGUUGCUGAAAUCCAUUCGAAACAUGUCGACAAACUUGAAGUCUUGGUGGGAGAUCCCGCUCAUCAUUUGAAUUAUACGCUAGAAGAGCUCGCCGUUCUAAAAAACUCGACCAUGGAUCCAAUAAUGAAACAAGUUCAAGAUGAAAUUGAUGAAAAGCCGCAAUUAGAAAAUGAGUUCAAACUGAGAGCAAUGGACUUGCAUGUGUCUAUACGGAUGUUAAAAGAUUUCAAAAAGAUAUGCAGACACAACUGCAGGAGUAAGCUGAAAUACCAUGUGGAGAAGAGAAUAAAAUUCGGUCGUAGUUUUUGCGUCAACCUGCAUGAUUUAUAUGACAACAUUGAAUCAAAAUUAUCCGUAGUCGCCGAAAGUAUUAAAACAUCAGCCCAUUCGUUGAUAAAUAAAAUUGAUAAAAAAUUAGCAAAGAAAGAGAACGCGUUGCGGCGCAAAAUUGAAAAAGGGUUUCUGGGAAAGUCGGGUAAGAUAUUGAUUCAUGCUUUAAAAGUAGAAAAUGAAAUAGAAAAACUGAACCACGAUCUGAAAGAAAUAGAUAACGGAUCACUCACCUUGGAAGAAUUGGGGGCCCAAAUGGACAACCAGUCGAUAGAGUUUCGCCGUCAAAUAGAGGAGUAUGGAAAGUAUUGUGUAGACUGUGACAGAGAAAUACUACAAAUAGAGCAAAUCGAAAAUCGUAUGCCGGGGGAUGCGAUCGUCAGUGAUUUAAUCAGGGUUAAAUAUGAGCACGUUUGGAACGCUGUACAAACCCAUGUUAAGUCGUUUUAUCUCGGUUUGUUCGCGCAACUCAAGAGGAUCAAGAAAUUAAAAAUUAAGGAUCAGUAUAGGCUAACUAAUGAGGAGGAAGCCGAAUUGAGGUACGUUGCAGGAUUGGUGCUCGAUCAUCUGCAGAUGAUCAUCCCUCAACCGCCUACGAGACGUGUUAUCGAACUUGCUAAGAAUUGUAAAGAUCUAUUGCGAAAAAUUCAAGUUAAAUUGAUUAAAGCUUACAGCUAUGAUGCAUUGAAUUAAAUUUUCACCAAGUCUGAA